UUUUAAAUUCAAAGUAUUUUGCCCCAUUCAGCAAUCGUUAAAACUUAUCCAAAACAUUUUUAUUUACUACAAUGGAUAUCGAUGAUAUUACAAAGUUUGCAAAUAGUAGAAGAAUAGCCACGGAUGCAGACAAGUUACGGGAGAAAGUCACUAAAGAAAAGGAAAAAAUUAUAAAGUUAAAGGUUGCUCAAGACACCGCGUACUGGGAAUUGAAGGAGAAGUUGCAGCAAGUGCAAGACAACCAUGAGAGACUGCAGCAGAACAUGGCUGAGGUGCAUAUGCAGCAUGAGGCCGCCAACGCUAAGUACCAGGAAGAGCUGAGACAUCGACCUGAGAUACUCAACAAACUGUCAACCACGCGUAAGAUCUGCGACGUGCUGCAAGAGUCGAGCGAGCGGCUGCAGGAGACGCUGUCGCGCUGCAAGGCGGACGGCGCCACGCUGUACACAGCAUUCAACAGGUCCGCGGAGCAGCUACGGGAGAUGCGCCAUAAGCAGGUGCAGCAGGACGAGAAGGUCAAACAUCAGGUUGAAGCCCUGCAAGAGAAAGUGUCGAUGUCGAGCAACCACUUCAGCAAGCUGGUUGAAUACCUGACGAGCGCGAAGCAGCAGGUGGAUGGUGAGCUAACGGAAGUGCGCGCGCAGCUCGCGACCGCUAACGCCCGCAACAACGACCUGCUCACCGCCCUCGGUGAUAGCAACAGGGAACUAGACAAGCACAAAUAUGAGAUGGACAGGAAAGAUGAUAUGAUAACGCAUCUUCAACGUGAAAUGAAGAGACACGCAGAUGAAUACAACAUCCAAACCUGCAACGCGAACAAAACCCUCGCACAGAAAGAUAAAGAGAUCCAAGAAGCAAUAGAUGCUGUUCAAUCUCUCAAGCAAGCGUUGAUGAACCAAGAACAAUUUAUAAAGAGCGUGAGCGACGAGAGAAACUCACUGCAAGAGAAGGUGGCUGACUUGGAGGAGGAGCAGCAGCGUCUGGUGGCUGCUAUGGAGGCACUUAAGAUGCAGAUGCAGGUAAUGUACAUAGAGAACCGAAGGUCUAACGCGACAUGA